ACUAAAUGAAAUAAAAAUUUGACCUUUUUGGAUAUUUUGCGUGAGCCGAAGAGAAAUUAAGACAAAAUGACGAUGCGACCGGAUGACCACCGCAGAAAAUGGGACAAGAACGAGUACCAGAAAUUGGCACAGGAGCGUCUGCUCAACAAUGCGAAUCCCAAAGACGAAGAGCCUGUGCAGCGGGAAAAUCUGAAACGGCGCGACUACAAGGUUGACCUGGACAGCAAAUUGGGAAAAAGUGUUGUGAUUAACAAAAACACACCUACCUCACAAUCCGGCGGCUACUAUUGCAAUGUAUGCGACUGUGUUGUCAAAGACUCGAUCAACUUUUUGGACCAUAUAAAUGGCAAGAAGCAUCAGCGGAAUCUGGGCAUGUCGAUGAAAGUGGAGCGCAGCACCGUUGAUCAAGUGAAGGAUCGCUUCAAUCAGAACAAACAGAAAAUGGCCGAGAAGCAAAAAGACUACGAGCUGGACAAGAAACUGCGCGAGGCCAAAGAGGAAGAGGAUCGCUACAAGGAGCACAGAAAGGAGAAGAAAAAGGAGCGCAAGCGAAAGGCCGAAGACAGUGGAGAUUUCAAUGCUGGACUGCCCGACGACAUGGCUGCCAUUAUGGGUUUCUCUGGCUUUGGUGGCUCUAAGAAGAACUCAUAGGAAUUAAUUGUGGAGCGUGCUCUGUUCUCAUCUGUAAAAUAUUAUAUAUUUAACGCAAUAGCCAUAGAUAUAUUUAGAGAAAUAGACAGAUUUUUGCACCAACGAACGAACGAAGCCGUUUAUUGGGCUAAUCGCUAUCGACGACUGUGAUUGGUUUGCGACAUUUAUUUCAUUUUGUAUUUUAUGUGUUUUAUUUUUUUGUAUAUGUAUUUGUAUAAGACGAAUUUACACCAGUUAUUGUAUUGUACAACAGCUUGACCAAUUAAUAAUUUAAUUUAAGCAGUUAAAAUGCAAAAAGGACUUAAACCAUUUUCACUAAAUCUUAACUAAAAAGCCCCCCUCCCCGCCACGAUCAAAAAGCACACUUCAAUACUCGACAACUAACGUCAUUUUGCGACUAUCUUUCUCUCUCAGCCAUAUUUAAGUGUGGCCUCAGUUUAAGUAAAAACGAAUCCAUGUUCGAUCGGUAUAUCCCAGGGAAUGCUAAAGAACUCGCCCGGCAACUGUGUGCAAUGCGUUGAGUUGUAAUCACGUAAAUGCUUGCGCAGCUACAAAAAAAACAUAAAUAAACGACAAAUGUAAUUACACAUUA